AUGAAUAAUGAAAGGUAUAGUAAUGAGAAUAAUAAAGGAUAUAGUGAUAAGAAUAAUGAAGGGUAUUGUAAUAAGAACAAUGAAGAGUAUUAUAAUAAUAUAGAGUUAGAACAUGUAGAUAUUAACUUGAAGUUAGUAAAAUCAGAACAUAUAAAUGCUGAUUUGGAAAUAGUAAAAUCAGAGCAUGUAAAUGCUAAUUUGAAGAUAGUAGAAUCAGAGCAUUUAGAG